UAAAAAGUACACAAUUUCCCUUUGAAAUGAAGUGAAAGUUUAAGUAGCAUACAUUGGAACUACUCAAGUAACGUUAACAACAUCCAAGUAGCCUAACGUUACCUCAAUAUAGCCAACUUAGUUAAGUAACGUUACAGUAACGUCAGAGUAAGCUUAACUGUAACGUUACUUGUGAACUAGCUUAGCUAGCUAGCUCAUCUAACGGCUCAGCACAGGAGCUAACGUUAAGUAAGUUAGUGUCUUACGUUAGCUAGCUAGCUAGUUAGUGAAGACAGUUUAGUGUCUAGCUAAGCUUAAAACACAGAUAUUUCUCUCAGAAGUUGGCGGACAGUAAAACGGAGGCACAUGAACCGUGACUAUUGGACUUACAGGUCUCAGACCAAUACAGGACAUGAGUUUCCAGAGUUUGUAAAAAUAGUUGAAGUUGGGCCGAGAGAUGGACUUCAAAAUGAAACGGAAAUUGUUCCGACAGGGGUGAAAAUCCAGCUGAUAGACAUGCUCUCAGGAACAGGCCUGCCUGUGAUCGAGGCCACCAGCUUUGUCUCUUCAAAGUGGGUACCGCAGAUGGCCGACCACACUGAUGUACUCAGAGGAAUCCAGAGAGCACCUCAUGUUCGGUACCCUGUUUUGACACCUAACAUGCAAGGCUUCCAGGAUGCCGUUGCAGCUGGUGCUACUGAAGUGGCGGUGUUUGGGUCAGCGUCUGAAACCUUCAGUAAAAAAAAUAUUAACUGCUCUAUUGAUGAAAGCAUGCUGAGGUUUAAGGAAGUCAUUAACACUGCCAAAGAGCGACAGAUCCCAGUCCGUGGAUUCAUCAUCUCCAUCAGAAUCAUCAGCUGCCACCACCACCAGUGUCUUGAUUCCAUGGGGGGAUUUAUCUUGCUGCUGAUCAGGGCAGACGCCCCACAGUUACAAAUCUCCCCAUAUGUUUCUUGUGCUCUUGGAUGCCCCCAUGAGGGAUACAUUGAACCUUCCAAAGUCUCUGAGGUGGCAAAGAGUUUAUACGAAUUGGGCUGCUAUGAGAUUUCCUUGGGGGAUACUAUCGGUGUUGGUACUCCAGGUUCCAUGUUUAAGAUGCUGCAGAGUGUGAUGAAGGAGGUGCCCACCAACGCUCUAGCAGUUCACUGCCAUGACACUUAUGGGCAAGCACUGCCCAACAUCCUUACUGCACUUCAGAUGGGGGUCUGUGUGGUGGAUUCUGCAGUAGCUGGCCUGGGAGGUUGCCCAUACGCUCAGGGUUCAUCUGGCAAUGUUUCAACAGAGGAUGUUCUCUACAUGCUCCAUGGCAUGGGCAUUGAAACUGGUGUGAACCUUGCCAAAGUUAUAGAGGCUGGUGACUUCAUCUGCAAUGCUUUACAUCGCGAGACAAACUCCAAGGUUGCCAAGGCAAGAGGCAGAACACUGGGAUGUGUUUCUGUGAGGGAAAAUAUUUAAAUAAUUGACUCUGCUCCCUUUAAAGUGCUUCCCCUUUUGUUGCUGCCGAUGCUUUUGUAGUUGAUCCUCCUGUCAGAGGUGUCUCAUCCAAAUACAUUAUUUGCAUUACAAAAGGAGAGUAUUAAUUUGUGAGAAAUGUCAAGAUUGAUGAAUUGAUAAGUCAUGAAUACAUAAUGGACUUUUUAAAAGCUGAAUUAUUCACCUCUGUUUCAAAACUUUCUAAUAUUUAUUUGGCUCAGACAAAUAAACCUAGUAAAGGUCACUUUGACUUCGUAACUCAGUGACUUAUAAAAUAAAGUAACAGAAUAAGAAUUGAGUCUGUUUUGACAACUUGCUGAACUUCAAAACACCACAGAUUUUUCAUUUUAAUAAACGGAGAUGACAAACA